CAUCUUUCGCGUGCUGACUGUUGCAUGCAACGGAGGUGUUUGAGCAGUGUGUGAUACCGAUUUUUACUUAUUCUGUUUUUUUUCAAAACAAAAAUAUAACGUAAUAUAUACGUUUAAUACCUUUUAUAAAUAUUUGUCUGUUGUUAUUGGUUAAAUAAACAAUCAAUUACGGUGGCGUUAACCCGUUCCAACGGGGCGGCCAAAUAAUUCUUCCCUCUUCACGGAAGGAAGUAACUUAAUAUUUAAAAAAAAAAAAAAAAAAUAGUUGAAUUUCGAGUAAGAUGGAAUACGAAAGUGUGCUGAUCGUGAAGCCGGAGGUGUUUAUCUACAAAAUACCGCCCCGUGCGAGCAAUCGAGGCUAUAGGGCGGCAGACUGGAACCUGAAGGAGCCCACCUGGACGGGCAGGAUGCGACUGGUGGCCAAGGGCACCGCCGUCAUCCUGAAGCUGGAGGACAAGACCAGCGGCGCCCUGUUCGCCAACUGCCCCAUCGACACAUAUCCCGGCGUGGCCAUCGAGGCGGUCUCCGACAGCUCCAGGUACUUUGUCAUCCGGGUGCAGGACGACAACGGCCGGUCGGCGUUCCUCGGCCUCGGAUUCGGAGACCGGUCGGACUCCUUCGAUCUGAAUGUGGCGCUGCAGGACCACUUCAAGUGGGUGAAGAACCAGGAGCAGAUCGAAAAGGAGAAGACGGAGCCCAAGCAGGAGCUGGAUCUGGGGUUCAAGGAGGGCGAGACCAUCAAGAUCAACAUGAGGAUAACGAAAAAGGACGGCUCCGAGGGAUCCUCGCGCACUGGCAAGAACAAGGGCUCAUCGGGCGUCCUGCCCCCGCCGCCCGGCGGUCUCGGAAAGAUAGCUCCACCACCGGCCGCCGCCGCAGUCACGACGGUACGGCAAAGUCCCGGCGUCUCGCCCGCCCACAGACCCGCCGCUGGAGGAUCCGAAUGGACCGACUAUGCAUCCGCCGGUGGCAACCAAGGACAACAGAACUCGGCCAAUGCCAACUGGGUGCAGUUCUAGAUAGACAUCCUCCUGUUCCUGCUGCUGCUGCGCCUCCACCCCCAGAACUUUAUGUUUUAAGACUCUCCAGAUGUUUUUUAUUUACCAUUUGCAAGCAUAUUAUUUUCGUUUCAAACACGACCAAAAGAUUGAACAGAACAUUCAGCAUAGGCGUCACGCGUUAAAGUUAAAGUUUUUUAAUUAAAUUAAAAUUGUGUAUUAGUUUCCCCGUCCGCCGCUCGGUCCCUCCUCAUCCCAAUCGUGGCCUCUCGCUCUAAUUGGUGGACAAAGAUGAUGGCGGGGCGAGUUCUCAGUGGGCGGGGAUUGGUAGCAAACUAUUUAGCCUGGUUGUUAAUUGUAUAAAUGAAGAUAACGAUAAUUUGUAUGGAAAUUAUUCUAAAAUGUAAUUUGUUAACGUCGAGAUAAUGCAAGUAAAGGCAACUUAAGUUUAAAUCAAGUUAUACACGAACACGAACACUGCAAACUAAACUAAAGUGAAAUAUUCAAAUUUUGAGUACUUACACACGAACAUACACGCACGUGAAAGGACAUUCCGCAGAUGAGAGAUAGGACGCAUUACAUACCAAUUUAAUUUAUUGUUAACUCUCCAAGAACCCCUGAUCAACUUGAUUCACACCUACCUUAAAUGGAAUACAUGAAAUUAUACAAGAUCUAUCAACCUGUUCCCCCUUUCGCCUUCGAUCGAGUCAGGUGAGAUCGAAAUCGGUCUGAUCAAGAGGGGAACCUGCAUCGAUAUGCCAUUGAUCGGAACCUAAAACUUGAUCCCCCAGAGCUCGAGAGAGUGGAAAUCGGGAACACGGUAAUAUAUUUUUUUCUGUUUAAAAGUGGCACACACACGCAUAGAAAUUAAGUAAAUCAAAUGAAUUAUAUAUAAUAUACAAUAUGAAGAAAUAUCCAUAUGUAUUUAAUAAACCACAUAACUGUAGAGAAGGA